UGAAACGCCGGCGGACAAACGCUCAGGCUGACUGCAAUGGAACGAACGACCGUCAUCUUUAGUGCCAAUCACUUAACGUACCUCGGUACCUCCUACCUUAUAAACAGCAACAGGAUUCAGAUGGAAGGCGCCACCAAUAACUCUCUAUCGGAAUCACAAUGCGUUUCUUCGGAGUUGUCCUCGCAGUAGGACUACAAUUGUCCGCGGUAGUUGCUCGCAGUGUCACUGACGGGCAACUACCGCUCGCUUUCGGACAUCCGAGCCAGAGCGGCGUCAGCGGACACGCUGGCACGCGGCCAAAUAUUGUAUUUUUCUUGACCGAUGAUCAGGACUUGCAUCUAAACUCGUUGGACUACCUUCCCCUGAUCCAGGAGCAUCUCAUCGAUAAGGGCACCCUCUAUAAGCGCCACUAUUGUACCACGGCGAUCUGCUGCCCAUCCAGAGUCUCGCUCUUGACCGGAAAACAAGCACACAAUACCAACGUCACCGAUGUGGUCCCGCCCUACGGUGGAUAUCCAAAGUUUGUAAGCCAGGGCUUGAAUCACGCAUAUCUUCCCAUCUGGCUUCAGGAGGCCGGGUACGACACGUAUUACACCGGAAAGCUGUUCAAUGCGCACACCGUCGAGAACUACGAUGCACCGUUUGCUGCUGGUUGGAACGCCUCUGAUUUCUUGCUGGACCCUUACACCUACAUGUAUCUGAACGCGACCUAUCAGCGCAAUCAGGAUCCGCCAGUCAGCUACGAAGGCAGGCAUACGGUUGACGUUCUCGCUGAGAAGGCCAAUGGUUUCCUGGAAGAUGCCGCAAAGGGGGAUCGCCCCUUCUUUCUGGGAAUUGCCCCUGUUGCGCCGCACAGCAACGUCAAAGCUGCGCUCUUCGACGACCCCAUCGACGACCCCGGCGAUGUCGACAAGCGCCUUGCCUUUACGCCUCCAAUUCCCGCCAAACGACACGAGCAUCUGUUUGAGGACGCUAAGGUCCCUAGGACGCCCAAUUUCAACCCGGAUUUUCCGACAGGAGCGAGUUGGGUUAGGUCCCUCAAGCAGCAAAGCCAGGAAGACCUGGAUUUCAACGACCACUUCUACCGCCAGCGGCUGAGGACCCUGCAGUCGGUCGACGAGCUCGUAGCGGGAAUCGUGGAACGCCUCGAAGCGUAUGGCCUCCUCCAGAAUACCUACAUCUUCUACACUACUGACAACGGCUACCAUAUUGGCCAACACCGCCUUCAGCCGGGAAAGGAGUGUGGGUUCGAGGAGGACAUCAACAUCCCCCUGAUCGUGCGCGGUCCCGGUGUUUCUGAGGGCGAAGUUGCCGAGAUCGUGACCACGCACAUCGACCUGGCGCCGACCAUUCUGAAGUUAGCCGGCGCACCGAGCCGCGCUGACUUUGACGGCGAGGCCAUCCCGCUGAGCAGGAGCGAGCUCCAAGAGGCCGCCUCCGCUCGCCAUGAGCAUGUCACGGUCGAGUACUGGGGAUACGCCGCUUCCGAGGGAAAGGUCUUCCGGCGGGAUCCUGAUGACGCCCGCAUCAUCUUCAACAACACGUACAAGGCGCUGCGCAUCAUCAGUGCCGAGUACAACUUGUACUAUGCGGUGUGGUGCAACAACGAGCACGAGCUGUACAAUCUCAAGACCGACCCGUACCAGCUGCACAACCUCCUGCAUCCCGACACCCCUCGACCCUCCCAUCUCCUGGGCGUGCCUUUUGACAAGGUGCUAGCCCGCCUCGACGCGCUGCUCUUCGUACUCAAGUCGUGCAAAGGUAAGACGUGCGUGCGGCCCUGGCAGGCCCUUCACCCCGCCGGCAACGUCCAGAACCUGCGCGAAGCGCUCAACAGCCGCUUCGACCCCUUCUACAAGGAGCAGCGAAGGGUCAGCUUUACCCGCUGCGAACUGGGCUACAUCCUCGAUGCAGAGGGCCCCCAGUUUGAAGCCGAAGGCCUGGUCUAUCGCCAGGGGGUGUGGUGGAGUGAGUGGGUGUAAGAGCCCCUAGUCUGGUGGGUGGAGAGGGGUUGACGGAUGACAUAGGUAGAUACCUAGAUACCUAGAUAGUCAAUCAAUAUCUGGAAUGG